AUGUAUGAGCACCUAAAAUGUGGUGGAGAAAUGAUUAUACAUGCAUUAUUAAAUCUUUACACUUGUAUUAUCGAUAGAGAAGAGAUUCCAAGUUCAUUUAAAUUGGCAGUUAAAAUCCCAAUUCCUAAGGGCAAUAAGAAAACACACAUGUUUGAUGAUCAUCGAGGGAUAAGUCUGCUGCCCUGUGUUAAUAAAAUCUUGGAACGUAUAGUAUUAUCACGAUUACAAAAGCAACAAAAUUGUCUCCAUCAUCCGCUCCAGGGUGGAUAUCAAAAACAACAAGAUGCUCUCACGACAUGUUUUGCAAUUGAAGAGGUGCUAAAUCACUGUUCCGAGGACAAUGACAAAGUCUAUGCAGCCUAUAUGGACAUCUCAAAAGCUUUUGACACUAUGUGGAUUAAUGGAAUGCUUUACAAGCUAUACUACACCAAAGGGGUAACUGGUAAAACUUGGCGGCUCAUACGAAAUUGGUACUUGAACAUGAAAGAAUUUGUUAUCGUUGAAGGAAAAUCAUCUCGUAUAUACGAGCUAGGGCAAGGUACAAGACAAGGUGGGGUUCUAUCACCCUGGCUUUUCCUGGUAUUCAUAGACAACCGUAUCGAGGAAUUGAGCAACAUUAAAUCUGGAAUUUGCAUCAACACCGUGUAUUUCGGAUCACCCAUGUUUGCGGACGAUCUAACUAUGCUAUCACGUAUGAAAUCUGGACUGGACAAAAUGUUACGAUGUGCUUCGGAAUACAGUAACAAAUGGAGAUUUACAUUUAAUGCUACGAAAACGGUAGUUUUAACGUUUGGUGAAAGCUAUCGGGAACGUAGUGUAAAUCGCAGCAUUAGAGAUUGGCAUCUUGGGUCACGAGUUAUUUUGGAAAAGGAAUGUUGGUUCAAUCUUGGAAAAAUAUGGCAUGUAAAUAAGGAUUCGUCUGCAUUCGUUUCCAAGGCUGUUACCAGAGGAAGAGAAUCCGGAAUGGUUUUAAUGAAAAUGGGAGCUCGAUAUGGAGGAUUAAAUCCUAUAAUUUCAGUUCAGUUAUGGAAGCGGAUUGGUAUCCCAAAGAUGUUAUACGGUUCCGAGCUCUGGCAAUUGAAUUGUAAUGACAUUGUUGAACUGGAAAAGUGCAAAAUACUACGGUGCGUAUUAUACAGGGGUUAUUACCUGGAAUAUCAGGGUCUGCUGCGAGAGGGUUGCUGGGCUUACCACCAAUCGAAGCUGAAGUCGAUAAACGGAAAUUGUAUUUUCUGGGACGACUUAUACUAA